UGGAAUCAAAAACUGGUUUAGAUCGAAAGAAAGACGCGAGACAGACCGACAGAGAGAGCUAUGGCUUGCACGCACAAGAUUCUUGAGCAACGCCAGGUUCUUCCACCGGCGAGGUCAGUUCCGACAACGUCUCUUCCACUCACUUUCUUUGACAUACCAAUGCUUAGAAGCGAUGGCGUGAGAUGCCUCUACUUCUAUGAAUUCUCCCACCCAACCCAUCAUUUUACUCAAACUAUCCUUCCAACACUCACGGAUUCUCUCUCCCUCACUCUCCAACACUUUUUGCCACUCGUUGGAAAUCUCAUUUGCCCCCCACCUCCCGCCAAGCCCUAUAUCUUCUACACCCAGGGCGACUCAAUCCCAUUAACCAUUGCCGAGUCCACUGCCAUUUUCGACCACCUUACUGGCUACCACCCACGAGAUGUCAAAGACUUUUCCCACCUUGUUCCCAAGUUUCCACCCACCCAAAUGCCGAAUGAAACCUUUGUGUUCCCUCUUCUAGCCAUUCAAGUCACUCUGUUUCCCAACUCGGGCAUUUGCGUUGCCGUCACAAAUCGCCAUGUAAUCGAUGGACGGAUCCGUAGCCUUUUCAUGAAAUCUUGGGCGUCCAUUUUCAAAGCUGGAGGUCAUGAUUCUUCUUGUCUUGACAACUCACUGCGGCCAUUCUAUGAUAGAGAUGUGAUCAAAGACCCAAAUGGUAUCGAGGCCGUUUUCUUGGAAGAGUAUUUCCGCAUGAGAUCAUCAUGGAAGAAAGAUAUAGGGAGCACUCCUGUAUUUGAUGGGGAAAAUGUUUCGGCAACAUACGUACUAAAUCGACCAACUAUAGAAAGUCUGAAACAACGAUGCGAGAAAGACAAUGAGUCGUCAAACCCACAACAUUUCUCAAGCUUCGUGGUAACAUGCGCUUUCAUCUGGGUUUGCCGGAUGAAAACGCAAUUUCACGAAGGAGCUACAAGAUCAACGGAUGACGAUGAGCUUUGCUACUUCGGCUUUCCAGCAGAUUGCCGAGGCCGCCUCGAAUUUCCCGUACCCACGACAUACUUUGGAAACUGCUUAGCUCACCUUGACGCAGCUGCCAAAACGAGCGAGCUAGUGGGAGAUAACGGCUUUGUUGUAGCGGCGAAAGCCAUAGCAAGAGGAAUUUCGAAGCUGAAAAGUAGACCUUUAGAAGGCGCGGAGAAAUGGAUGGAAGAUAUGAACAAUUUAUUUAGAACGGGGCGUCUUCUCGUCGUCGGUGGGUCUCCAAGUUUUAAUGAUUAUGGGACGGAUUUUGGGUGGGGGUGGCCGAAAAAGUUCGAGGUGAUAUUCAACCAUUCAAUAUUUAUGUCUCUUGCUGAUUGUAGAGAUGACGACGGUGCUCUCGAAGUUGGGGUGGUGCUCAGAACUCGAGCUUCAAUGGACACUUUCUCUUCAAUAUUUGAACAAGCUCUAAAUUUACGCUACUGAUUUAUAUGCUUUGAUCUUCAACUUCAGCUAGCUGUUCCAGAUCGUCUUGCAACUUUAUUUGAAUUAUCUAAAUAACUCGGCUAGCUACGUGACUUGUUAUGGCAUUA